GUGAAAAUUGGAGAUUUUGGAUUAAUGAGAGCAUUACCAAGUCAAGUUGAUCAUUAUGUUAUGUCAGAACAGAAAAAAGUUCCUUUUGCUUGGUGUGCUCCAGAAAGUUUAAAAUCUCGACAAUUUUCUCAUGCUAGUGAUAUGUGGAUGUUUGGUGUCACAUUAUGGGAGAUGUUUACCUAUGGUCAGGAACCAUGGCUGGGUUUAAAUGGCUCACAGGUA